AUGAGGUAUCAAUUCAAAGAGAUAGCGAUUAGACCAAGAAAUGACCACCCUAGCAAGCAUGUGAGCAACCAUAUUCGUUUGUCGCUUAAUAGACUUCACACCUCAAAGUCUGAAUCACUUGCUGGUCUUCCACCAGAACUUGACUCAGUUCGCAAUCAAAUUUUAUCUAGUGCUACUGUCCCGUCAUACGACACUGUUUGCGAGCAGCUACUGCGUCUCUCAGCUCCUACUCCAGCCGCUAUUCCGGUGUCCACUUCUCUCAAUGUGCCUGUUGACUCUACUGCACUUGUCUCAAAUUACUAUCAACGAGGUGGCAGAGGCGGAGGACGUGGAAAUAAUCGACAUCGAUCCCGCUGUACCUUUUGCAACCGUAUUGGCCACAUUGAAGUAGAGUGCCGAACAAAAGCUAAUCAAUUGCAGCCCAAAGUUGUGAAUGUUGCUCAAAUUGAAGCCUCUAACACCGGUGGUCAAGUCUCCCUUUCUACCGCAGAGUAUAAUGAGUAUCUCAAACUGAAGGCACAAAUGCAAACUACUGCACCGGUUGCCUCUGUUUCUCAGAAUGGUAAUCCCAUUGCUUUUGUUUCACAAUCUUCUUCACUUGGACCUUGGAUCCUUGACUCAGGCGCCUCUGAUCAUAUGUCCGGAUCGAAGUACUGGGACGAUGAUUGGAGUAGGGCAUGAGUCUCAUGGUUUAUAUUAUCUCUCAACACCUACACUGCCAAUUGCUUGUUCAGCCGUCGAGUCUUCACAUAUUGUUCACCAACGUUUGGGUCAUCCUAGCCUCCAGAAGUUGCAUCUUAUGGUUCCAAGUUUAUCAAAAGUGUCUAACUUAGAGUGUGAGUCGUGUCAAUUUGGGAAACAUGCUAGGAGUUUCUUUCCCGACAGAAUCAA